CACAAACAAACAGUUUGUUAAAGUUUUAUUUUUCAAAAAUGAACGGAUUAACGAUUGUUUUUUUCUUAUUCGCCAUUUUUAUGGCUUUUGUUUCUGCCGUGCCCGUACUUAAUAAUAAUAAUAAUGAUAGCGAUGCGGAUUUUCAAGUUGAAGAAUACAUGGGAGAACUUACCUCGGAAAAUGUUGAUUUGAAUCCUGUCGCCGGUGAAGAAGAUGCCAAAGGAAGGUUUCGUAGAGCAACAUGUGACUUAUUGAGUGCUAGCACACCUUGGGGAUCAUUGAAUCAUUCUGCUUGUGCCGCUCAUUGUCUCACAAAAAGAUACAAAGGUGGUAGAUGCAGAAAUGGAAUUUGCAGAUGCAGAAGAUGAAUCAUCUAAAAUUUCAAAUUUUUUUUUUCAAAUCAUUACAUUUAUUAUUAUUAUUAUUACUAUCAUCAUCAUUUCUUAUUAAUUAAUAAUUUCAUUUUAUUUUACUAUUAAAUUUUUUUUUUUUUUUUGGGCUGUGAUAUAUUUUGUUAAAUGUUAUUUUAAUUAAUAAAUUUAUUAUUAUUCAUGU